AAAUUGCUGGUGGCUAUUGCCUUCAUCCUAGUGGGAUGUAGCAGCAAAGCCGAAAUCACAACGGUCCUCGGACCAAAUGGCUACGACUACACGCCACCGAAAGUACCGUUCCCACCUCCACCACCUAGCUGCCCGGGAGGAGGUGUUCCUCCACAUUGCUGCACGAACGGUGGAUCAGGACCGUCUUGUUACCUUCCUCCCCCCCCAACUCCGCCACCAACGAGACCACCGCCGCCGCCACCAACGCGUCCCCCAAGCUGUCCAGCAGGAGGAGUUCCUCCGUACUGCUGCACCAACGGUGGAUCGGGACCGACUUGUUACCUACCUCCUCCACCAACUCCGCCUCCAACAAGACCACCGCCGCCACCACCAACGCGUCCCCCAAGCUGUCCAGCAGGUGGAGUUCCUCCGUACUGCUGCACCAACGGUGGAUCGGGACCGAACUGCGUUGUUGCAACGAGGCCACCAGUGACUCCAGCUCCAACCAGACCUCCGUUUGGAUGUCCCAAUGGAGGAGUUCCACCAAACUGCUGCACCAACGGUGGAUCCAGUCCAAACUGCUACCUACCUCCACCAACUCGCCCACCCGGUUGUCCAGCCGGUGGAGUUCCACCGUACUGCUGUACCAAUGGAGGAUCUGGGCCUAACUGUUACGUUCCGCCACCUCCUACACGGCCACCGCCACCACCACCGCCACCAAGGACGCCUCCCCCUACUCGGCCGCCGCCACCACCGCCAACUCGGCCACCGUCCUGCCCCGCAGGAGGAGUCCCUCCGUACUGUUGUACCAAUGGAGGAUCCGGGCCUAACUGUUACGUUCCGCCACCUCCUACACGGCCACCGCCACCACCACCGCCACCAAGUUGUCCCGGUGGAGGAGUCCCUCC